CUUUUUCUCCUUUUUUCUAGGUGUUUCAUUCAUCUAUUGUUUCUUGUAUGGACCAUGUUGGUUUGGUAUCAAUUCAAGCCUUAUGUAUACUUCUCAUCAGUCUCAAACAGAACGCCCAAGGGAGGAGCGUAGCAGUUAGCUGAUUUACGAAAAAAACAAAGGCGGCCACUGCAUCCAUGUCUCUUUCAACAUUAGCCUCUUGGCUGUCGUAAAAGAUUCCCCAAUAUAUAUAUAUGGCCAACUCGCUUCUUUACUCCACUCCUCAGAUCAGCCUCUGCUUAUAGUUAUAGCUUGAUAAUGGCCAUGAUGGGUCGUUUCCAGCUUAUUCUUCUACUGCCACUCUCUUUCAGUUUGUGCUUUUUUUCUAGUUCUGUGUCAGCUCAGCUCAGACAAAAUUAUUACGCCAAUAUUUGCCCGAAUGUGGAAUCUAUUGUUAGAAAUGCAGUUCAAAAGAAAUUUCAGCAGACUUUUGUCACUAUCCCUGGAACCCUCCGUCUCUUCUUCCAUGAUUGCUUUGUGCAGGGAUGUGAUGCUUCUGUUAUAAUCCAAUCUACUCCGAACAACAAAGCAGAGAAAGACCACCCUGAUAAUUUGUCAUUGGCCGGAGAUGGAUUUGACACGGUCAUCAAGGCCAAAGCCGCCGUGGAUGCCAUUCCCAGCUGCAGAAACAAGGUGUCGUGUGCAGAUAUUCUUGCCAUGGCAACUAGAGAUGUGGUGGCUCUGUCUGGUGGACCCUCAUAUGCUGUUGAAUUGGGAAGAUUGGAUGGCCUCAGAUCUAGUGCUGCUAACGUUAAUGGCAAUCUGCCUAAGGAAAGUUUCAAUCUGAAUCAGCUCAACUCUCUCUUUGCUUCUCGUGGCCUCUCCCAAGCUGACAUGAUUGCCCUCUCAGCUGCACACACCCUUGGAUUCUCCCACUGCAAUAAAUUCAGCAACAGGAUAUACAAUUUCAGCCGUCAAAAUCCAGUGGACCCUACACUCAACAAGGCUUAUGCAGCUGAUUUACAGCAGAUGUGCCCCAGGAACGUGGACCCCAGGAUAGCCAUUAACAUGGACCCGAUCACACCGAACACCUUCGACAACGUGUACUUCAAGAACCUCCAGAAUGGAAAGGGACUCUUCACUUCGGACCAAGUUCUCUUCACGGACCCAAGGUCCAGGCCCACUGUUAAUACAUGGGCCAGCAACUCCCAAGCCUUUGAAAACGCCUUUGUUACCGCCAUGACGAAGUUGGGCCGGGUCGGAGUCAAGACGGGUAGAAAUGGAAAUAUUCGUCGAGACUGUGCCGUUUUAAAUUAAAAUGAAAUUCAAGAAAAUAGGAAAGAUAAAAAAAAAAAAAUCUUUAUUUGUAGAUUGAAUAAAAUGUGGGAAUAAAUUGAUAGUGAAAAGAGGAAGGUUGAAUUUUGAGCAA